AUUGCCAAUUUUUUCAUUAGAAUUUAUCUGCUAGUCAUUCAACAUGGCUCAAAUGCUCGCUUUUGAUGAAUUUGGAAGGCCAUUCCUCAUUUUAAAUGACCAGGAAAACCAGAAGCGUCUGACUGGCCUAGAUGCAAUAAAGUCACACAUCCUUGCUGCAAAAACUGUUUCACAUAUCCUUAAAAGCUCUCUUGGUCCAAAAGGAAUGGACAAAAUCCUUGUUAGUCCUGAUGGUGAGAUAACAAUAACCAAUGAUGGAGCUACCAUAUUAGAGAUGAUGGAUGUUGAGCACCAGAUUGCAAAACUUAUGGUACAACUAUCAAAAUCUCAAGAUGACGAAAUUGGUGAUGGUACCACAGGAGUUGUUGUUUUAGCAGGAGCUUUGCUAGAGCAUGCUGAGCAACUACUUGACAAGGGCAUCCACCCGAUCCGUGUAGCUGAUGGAUACGAGCAUGCUGCAGAAAUUGCUAUCAAGGAAUUAGAGAAGAUUAGUGAUUCAUUUCCUUUUGAUAAAGAUAACAAGGAAUUCCUGAUAGAAACAGCUAUGACAACUCUUGGUUCCAAAAUAGUUAGCAGAUGUCAACGUCAAAUGGCAGAAAUUGCUGUUGAUGCAAUUUUAUCAGUAGCAGAUAUUGACAGAAAAGAUGUUGAUUUUGAAUUAAUCAAAGUGCAAACUAAAGAAGGAGGAGAGCUUGAUGAUACAAUGCUUGUUAAGGGUGUUAUUGUUGAUAAGGACUUCAGCCAUCCACAAAUGCCAAAGGAAAUCAAAGAUGCAAAAAUAGCAAUAUUGACUUGUCCGUUUGAGCCACCGAAACCGAAAACAAAGAACAGCCUUCAGAUAUCCUGUGUAGAAGAUUACAGAAAGUUAAGGAAAUAUGAACAGGAGAAAUUUCAAGAGAUGAUUAAGCAAGUAAAAGAUAGUGGUGCCAAUCUCGCUCUUUGUCAAUGGGGUUUCGAUGAUGAAGCCAAUCACCUUUUGUUGCAAAAUGACCUCCCUGCUGUAAGAUGGGUUGGAGGACCAGAAAUCGAGUUAAUUGCAAUUGCGACUGGUGGAAGGAUUGUUCCCCGUUUCUCAGAGUUAACCGCUGACAAGCUGGGUCAUGCAGGUAUUGUCAGAGAGCUGUCUUUUGGAACAACAAAAGACAAGAUGCUGGUAAUUGAGAAGUGCAAGAAUACAAGAGCUGUUACAAUUUUCAUUAGAGGCGGAAAUAGAAUGAUUCUGGAAGAGGCAAAGAGAAGUAUUCACGACGCCCUUUGUGUCAUUCGUAAUCUGGUUCGAGAUCAAAGAAUUGUUUACGGUGGAGGUGCAGCGGAAAUCGCUUGUUCAUUAGCAGUCAGCACGGCAGCUGAUAAGAUUUCUUCAGUAGAGCAGUACGCUAUGCAUGCAUUUGCCGAAAGCCUCGAAACUGUUCCACUGGCUCUUUCUGAAAACUCAGGCCUUAGUCCAAUAGAAACUAUUUCGCAAGUGAAAUCGAGGCAAAUAACGGAAAACAAUCCACGACUUGGAAUCGAUUGUCUGAACAAAGGAACAAACGACAUGAAAGAGCAACACGUCAUUGAAACACUUCAUGGCAAGAAGCAGCAGAUCAGCUUAGCUACGCAGUUAGUUCGAAUGAUUCUGAAAAUCGACGAUGUUCGAUCACACGUCAAGGAGGGCAUGUAGGACCAAAACACUGUUGUCUCGUUAUCAUUAGCCUAUAGACUGUUAUCUCGGCAUAUGACCCAUUGCCUUGUUUGAUAUCCUGCAGCAAGAGGACCAGAUACCGGACUAACCAAUUUCAGUCACAUAAUUUGGAAAAAUGACCGGAGCUGAACUGGAAUUAUGACUUUUCUGGCGUUAUCAAUGUUUCUAGAUGGUUUAGUUUAUCAAGAUUCUUAUGUCAAUCAAAUCGUCAUUAAAUUAUGAAGGAACUGUU